UAACGUGUGACGUGAGCACCGGAAACCACGUGGUUCAGCUUUCCACACGCGCAGGCAGCAGCAGCAGCAGCAGCAAUGAAUCCCCUUCACUAGCGUGAAGUCAGUAAUUCUCUCAUAAACCCAUCACCUUCUUCGAAACCAUGUCGGACUUCAAAAUCAACUCCGAGUUCGCGCAUAAAUAUGAUAAAUAUCGGCAGAAAGAAGAGCUCCAGAGACUGAAGGAUCGAUACGGGGACCAAAGCGGAGAGAGCGAGUCUUCUGAGUCCAGCUCCGAGGACAGUGAAGUGGAAGUGGACCCUGAAGUCGAGAGGGACUUUUAUAGAACAUUGUCACUGCUUAAGAAAAAAGACCCUAAGAUCUAUCAGACGGACGCCAAGUUCUACUCGGAGGUUGCAUCGAGCAGCGAUGAACAGCCUUCAACCUCAAAGAAGGCAGUGAAGCCCAUGUAUCUCAGGGACUACGAACGUAAAGUCAUCCUGGAGAAGGAGGGUAAAUUUGAGGAUGAUGACGACAGUGACGAUGAGGAGGAGGCCGCCAGGAGAAUGGAGAGAGCCGCCUCUCCGACCUACAUUCAGGAGCAGCGGGAGCUGAAAAACAGCUUCCGUAAAUUCGUCCAGGACAGCGACGAUGACGACGAGGCCAGCGAAGCCGGGGGAUCGGAGUUUCUCACCAGGAGGAUCAAAACGCAGGAGGAAAAGGACAACGAGGAGGCGGACUAUGUGGAGUGGCUGAAAGGCCAAACGAACCUCGAUGGCCCGGAGGAGGUGAAGGACAUGAAAUACUUGAGGGACUACUGGAACGACCCGGAGUUGGACGAGAAGGAGCGUUUCCUGAGGGACUACGUCCUCAACAAGGGCUACAUCGACGGGGACGCCGGUGACGGCAAACGGAUCCCGACGUACGACGAGCUGGUCCAGGACGACGUGGAGGACUCCGAGGAGGAAGGGGAGACUUUCUUGGAGCGGCAGGAGGACUUUGAGAGAAGCUACAACUUCCGCUUCGAGGAGCCCGACGCUCAGAAGAUCAAGACGUACCCCCGCAGCAUCGCCACGUCUGUGCGCUCCAAAGACGACAGCAGGAAGCGCAAAAGGGACGAAGUGAAAGAAAGGAAGGAUAAGGAGAAAGAGCAGAAGCGGGAGCAGCUGAAGCAGCUCAAGAACCUGAAGCGAAACGAGAUCGUGGAGAAGCUGAAGAGGCUCAAGGAGCUGACGGGCAACGAGGAGCUCGCCUUCAGCCAGGCCGACCUGGAGGGGGACUUCGAUCCACAGCAACAUGACCAGAUAAUGCAGAAAGUUUUUGGUAAUGAAUACUACAGAGAAGAAGAAGGCGAGAAGCCUCACUUUGAUGAUGAAGACGAACAUGAGGAGCCCUGGAACUGGGACGUGUGGACGGGUGAUUCUCAAGAGGAGGACUACAGUGAGAAUGCUGGCUCUGGGCCCCACUGCGAGGAUCAGAACUUCAUUAUGGAUGCAGACUACGACCCCAACCAGCAGACGGCCUCCAAGAGAAAGAAGCAGCAGCAAAAGGACAGAAAGAAGAUGAAGAAGGAGGAUUUGCCACAAAUGAGCAAAAAGAGGAAAAAGUCUCACUUUGCGGAGGUCCUCACCCAAAAGAAGCCCGUGUUUGACCCGCAGGAGAAAAGCUUUGAGCAGUACUUGGACGAGUACUACAAGCUGGACUACGAGGACAUCAUAGACGACCUCCCGUGCCGCUUCCGCUACAGGCAGGUCCUCGCCAACGACUUCGGCCUCAGCACCGACGAGAUUUUAACUGCCAACGAUAAGGAGCUGAACCAGUGGUGCACUCUGAAGAAGACCUGCAUGUUCAGGUCCGACAAAGCCGAGACCAGUGACUUGAAGAACUAUCAGAUAAAGGCCCAGAAUGUGAAGAGGAAGAGGGCGAUCCUGAGCUCUGUGUAUUCUGAGGAAGACAAACCGCUGGAAGAUGAGGCCAAGCCGGGGAAGCAGCAGCAGCAGCAGCAGCGCGACCAUCCGAAGGACGCCGAGAAGCAGGACAGAGCUGCAGAGGACAUCGUGGACUCUGCAGAGGCAGCGGAUGAGAUUCUGAUUCCCAAGAAAAUGAAACGCCAGGAGCAGGUUCAGACCGCGGUCACCGCCCGGGAGAACGCGGACAAAGCUGUGGAAGUGAGAAACUGGCCUGAAAGACCCAAAUGGUCCAAGAAAAAGCAAACGCACCCCGGUGGGCGCCUCGCAUCGGGAACCAGCGGGGUGAAGAUUGGCGGCCGCGAGUUCAGUAGACAGAGACUGAAGGCCUACGGUCUGAACCCCAAGAGACUGUUCUUCAGACAGCUCGGCAGACAGAAACGAAAAGAGCAGGUGAAGAAGGAGAAGCUGGAGAAGAAAAAACAGGCGUGAGCCACCAUCUCUGAGUUAACUGUACAAUCCUAGAUGUCUGAAAAUUGAAUUGUAAAUUCCUUUUUGGUUUAUAUCAUUAAAAAAAGGCUUUUAAUGUUAAAAGGUUUCAAUUAUUUUCUGUUAUACCCAGUGUACGCUUUAACUAGACAAUAA